UAAACAUUCUUCAUGGUUAUCACUUAUCAAACAAUAUUAUUUAGUCCCCUCUAUAUAUAAUAUCUCUAGAGAUGACAAUUCAAUUCAAACCUAACUAACUCUUCUCUACUUUACUUUACCAUUAAACACUUUUCUAUCAUAUAAUAAUUUUCAUCAUCAUGAAGACAACAAGUAACAGAUUUGGGGGAAUUGUUCAAGCUAAACAGAAACUUCAAAGAACACUUUCACAAAGAAUUAGAAUGGCUUCAGCUGUUGGUGAUGUACCAAAAGGUCAUUUAGCAGUUUAUGUUGGAAAUUACCAUAAAAGGUUUGUAAUUCCAAUAUCAUAUUUGAGUCAUCCUUUGUUUAGAGAUUUAUUAGAUUGGGCGGAAGAAGAAUUCGGAUUUAAUCAUCCGAUGGGCGGUCUUACGAUUCCUUGCACUGAAGAUUAUUUCAUUAGUCUAACUUCUUCUCUUAAUUAGUAAUUAUUGAUUUUUUUGCUUUAAUGCAACCAAGUUAGAUAGGAGGAACUGAAUUUGGUCUACUGAUCAAUUCAUGUUGUUGUGGAAAUUCAUCUAAUAAUUUCCGAAUUCUUGUGAUGUAUUAUAAAUUGUAGUACAUUAGUAUUUUUUUGCAAUUUGAAUUAGAGCAACUUUAUGUGUCUCGGAAUGUAACACUGAAAAUUGCAAUGUAGUAGAUUUAUAAUUUAUUGAUUAUCUCCCUUUU